CGCGGGCAUCCCUCGGGCCCACGUGUGCUGGGCCCUCGCCGCCCUCUCAGCACCCUCUCCGCUUCCUGUCCUUCAUGCAUGCCAGUCCACCACAUCCCGGUCCACAACCAGCAAUCCCAGAACCAGGACACCAUUGAGUCGCCAUCGUCCCUGAAGACGAGUAUCUGGUCCGCCUCGUCCUUCCUUCACCAGCUUUGGUUCUUCGUGAAUCUACUCGCGAUAAACAACUACCAACAGUCUUAUAAUGUUUGGAUUACCAGUUCGUCAUGUAGUGUGACAGAAGCGGGGCUGUAUUCGAUGUUAUUCAGCUACAGCAACCUACUGACCGUGUUCUUUGGGCCUGUUGGAGGGGUCUUCACGGAUUACAUGAUACGGAAAGCAUAUAGAACGCCUAACGAGCUGGACCGCCGAGUGAAGGAAGUGCAGGCGUCCUUCUGGCCGCUCCUGGUCACGACGGUGUUCACCUCCAUCAUGUACGCCUGCCUGCUGUUCUUCCACCCGGCUGCCAUCUACGUCUCCCUCCUGUGCAUGGUGGUGUCCAGGCCUUGUAUCAUCGCAGUGUCCACGGCCUACCUCAGGAUCAGGUUCCCCGCCGGGCAUUUCAACCGCCUGCUGGGCAUCUACGGCACCGUGGCCUCCGCUCUGCUCUUCUUGCAAUACCCUCACUUCAUGUGGGCGCAACAUAUGUAUUAUGCGGCGCACGCGCUGAUCCUGGCCGUGCUGGCGGUGAGCUUCCUGAACCCGAUCCACCUGCUCUUCACGCCGCUCAUGCGACACGCCGUGGCCACGAGGGACAACCUGAAGCCCGAGGACCUGCACCCCGUCAGGAACACCUACGCUGAUGAUAAGGGGGUUAAUGGCUUAUAAAGUGGAUUCUUUGGUCAACUAGAAGCGG